AUGCUCAGCGAUCUGGAUCCUUAUACCAAUUAUAUUACGGAAAGUGAUAUCGAAGAGUAUGAAUUUAUGACCACCGGGAAAUAUGGUGGCAUAGGUGCUUCUAUGAGGAAAAAAGACGACAAUAUUUAUAUUGGGGAUGUUUAUGAAAAUAGUCCGUCCCAAAAAGCAGGUCUUCACCCAGGUGAUAUCCUGAUCUCCAUUGACGGACAGUCGGCCAAAGGGAAGAGUAUUGAAGAAUUGAGUCAAUUGCUCAAAGGGUCACCGGGUACACCCAUUAAUAUAAGAGUGAAGGACGCUUACAAUGGCCAGGAAGUGGAUAAAAUGGUGACCCGGGGUGAGGUGGAGCUGUCCAGCGUACCCUAUGCCGGAUUCACCGGUGCCGAUAAAUCAGUGGGCUAUGUAAAACUAAAUCAGUUUACGAUGGGUUGCGCGCGGCAGGUGCGUAAUGCACUGGAUAGCCUCAAGACGGUAAAGCCGGAUAUGAAAAGUGUGGUGCUUGACCUGCGUAAUAAUCCGGGCGGUUUACUGGAUGAAGCCGUUAACCUUUGUAAUAUUUUUAUCGACCGGAAUCAACUGGUGGUUUCUGUUACUGGAAAUGCAACGGACGUAUUGUUGCGAAUCGUUAAUGGAACUGUUGUUUUGUCGUUGAUUGUAUUUAUAUCCACACCACCAUUAAAGCUGAUUAUAGAAUCGGUAAUGAUGUGGUUCCCGAUGCCAAUAUUGUUAAUAGUUGGCAUGACAAUGGAAGCACUGCUGCCUGGCGCAAUUGAUCCGGUCCAGCUAUAG